UUUUUGGCCGCCUGCCGACCGGCUGUGUGAGCGGCGACAGCGUUUGUGUAUAUACUCGUUAUAAACAUAAACACUGUACGAACUUACUAAAGUUUAAACCACGAAUAAAGUACCUUUGGGACUAGGUACUUUAUAUUACUGCGGUGUCGUCGAGUGAUUAUUUGUGAUUAUAAUGGAUUUGUCUUGUGGAGAAAACCUACAAAAUUCUGGAAAUAACAGCAACACCAGUGGAAGGACAAUGGAUAUGUGUGUUGCAGGACCUGAUCGUGCAUUGGAUCGUGAUCCCAGACUGUUGCUGAACCUUUUGACUCUGGAAAGAGUUCAUGCAAUACAUACAGAUUAUUUUCAACAUGUUCAAAUUGAUAUACAACCUUUUAUGCGAAAAGUUGUUACUACUUGGAUGCUAGAGGUUUGCGAGGAGCAGCAAUGCGAGGAGCAGGUGUUUCCGCUGGCCGUGAGCUACAUGGAUAGGUUCCUGGCACAGCGAGCCAUCUCGAGACAGCAGCUUCAACUGUUGGCUGUGACUGCCCUCCUCCUGGCCUCAAAGUUCCGCCAGUGUCAUCCACUUUCGGUCGAACUACUCUGCGCCUACACCGAUAAUUCUGUUUUUCCUCACGAAGUCCGGCAAUGGGAAGUAAUGCUGCUGCAACGAAUAAAUUGGCAACUUUCAAUAGCCACCGCCUUUGACUUCGUAGAACCUCUUCUAGCGAGAGUGCCGUGGGGCCGUUCGAAUCCUCUCGUACGAACACACGCGCUGACGCUUACCUCGGUCUGUUAUACAGAAACCGAGUUCCUGCUAGUGCCGCCAUCUCUGAUCGCGGUUGCGUGUAUAACGGCGGCAGCGCGAGGGUUACGCGUGCGCAUGACUAUCAACGAGUUGUGUACUCUAACACGUACGCCUGCCGCCGCCGCAGAGUUAGUCGCGCGCCACGUAGAAAGAGUGUUAGCGCGGGAAACUCAGCCUCAAGAGCCGAGGACAAGGCACGUACAGCACUUCAAGCAGACUCCCUCCGACCAGACCAAGCUCCCCAACACGCCCACCGACGUCCAGGACGUUCAUUUCUGA